UACUCCCAUGUGAUUGUUAUUGGAUUAAUCUAUUCUCUGUCUACUCGUAGGUAUGAGCUUGGAAGGCAACCUGCAAACACUAAGUUGUCAAGUAACAAAACAGUAAGAAGGGUGAGAGUUCGAGGAGGUAAUGUGAAGUGGCGUGCGUUGAGGCUGGAUACAGGAAACUAUUCUUGGGGGAGUGAAGCUGUGACCCGUAAGACCCGUAUACUUGAUGUGGUUUAUAAUGCAUCAAACAAUGAGUUGGUUAGGACCCAGACUUUGGUGAAGAGUGCCAUUGUUCAAGUGGAUGCUGCACCAUUCAAGCAGUGGUAUCUUCAGCACUAUGGAGUUGACAUUGGUCGCAAGAAGAAGACAGCUGCCAAGAAGGAAGGAGAAGAUGCUGAUGCCGCUGCUGCUAAAGAGACGAAGAAGAGCAACCAUGUCCUGAGAAAAAUUGAAAAGCGUCAACAGGAUCGCAAGCUUGAUCCCCUUGUUGAGGAGCAAUUUGGCAGUGGCAGUUUAUUAGCUUCAAUCUCUUCACGCCCUGGACAGUGUGGGCGUGCUGAUGGUCAUGUAUUCUGAGAGUAAAUGUACAUAGUCCAGGAUGGCAAAAGGCAGUCAGCGGUGUGCUAUCCAGUAGCCGAGGAGUACGAAGUUUCAAGAUGGAUGAAUUCGGCGUUGUGCGCGUGUCAGGUUUGAUUGAUCCAAAAUUACUUAUGAAGAAGCUGGGAAAAGCUGGAAGACAUGCAGAAUUAUGUUGGUUUCAAUUUGGACAGUGUCCGAGCAACUUAUUUUUGCCGAACCACGAAAAUCCAUACGGUUACUGGAUGAGCGGCUACGAUGAAUAUGGUCGUUAUUUUCCUUUCCGACAAGCAUUUCAAGAAGCUUGUUUAGAAUCCUUGUACGAGCAUGUGCCACCGCCAACGGCCCCGCCCUUGAGCUUCGAAAGCAGUUGCUGUUGCAAAUGCCAUCAACUUGGGACAAAACCUAGGAUCUAGGAUGAAAAAAUGUUCCUUUUUAUGAUUUUUUUUUGUCCUAUGGAAUCCAAGUAGGGUGUCUGACUUUCUUCUUAUAGUGGCCAUGGUUUUUUGAUGAGCAAACGAUAACAA